AAAAAAUAAUUUAUUUUAAGUUUAUUUUAUGUGCAUCAGCGUGAAGGUGUCAGAUCCCUUGGAAGUAAGCUGCCAUGUGGGUGCUGGGAAUUGAACCCGGGUCCAUUAUGGAAGAUCAGACAGUGCUCUUAACCACUGAGCCAUCUCUCCAGCCCCAGACAUUUAGUCUUAAUGUAGGUGGUCAGUGUCCAGCAGCUUGACUGUUUCCAUGCAGGGCCUUACUAGGAGUCACUCAACCUUUUAUUUUUGAAGGAAGGAGACCUUCCGGGCUCCGGAGCUGUCUUCCACCCCAGGCUGGGCGACCUGCCAGCACCCAGCCCCUCACAUCCGGCCCCCUCCUUCCACACUCACUAGAGAGCCAACAUCUGUCAGUAUCUGCCCGCCCCUCUCCUUCAACCCCAGGACACUUUCUAUUUCCCGCCUAAUUAUUGUCAUGGGGGUGGGGGAGCUGGAACGAAGUCCUCUGCAGUUUGCCUCUGGGUUUUUAGUAGGCUCUCAAAAAAAAGUCUUGGUCAGCAGAAUUUUCCUGAAAGUGACUCUCCCAGUAUAGGCCCUACCCUGGGCUGCGGGCCAGGAGCAGUAAGGCCUCAGGGAGAUCCAGAGCUGUUGAGUGGACCCAGAAGCUGGCCGCUGUAAGUCUAGCCUAGCUCCUGGAUUAUCCCUGAUCCGAAACCAUCACCCGGAACCCACAGGAGGGGCCACGCCCCGCUGGGCGGAGAAGAAUGAGUGACGGACUGUCCACGCAGGCUCCUUCCACUUCCGGCGUCUGAUCGCGGCCUCCCUCUAGACUUGUGCGUCGCCACUGGGGCUAGGGUCUAGGGUAGGCUCCAGGACAGAGCAUAGCUCAGGUCGGCUGUAGCGGUGAGGGCAGGCGCUACCGGCCAGGAGCCUUGGGAAGUGGGAUCCUGAGCUGAGUGUCUGUCAACCAUGGAUCACGACGACCCAGCAGAGGCGUUAACUGAGCUGCGCGAGAAGCGGGUGGGAUUGCUGGAGUUACUGCAAGCGGCGGCAGGCUCCGGGCUGGCUGCCUACGCUGUGUGGGCGCUGCUUCUGCAGCCGGGCUUCCGCCGGGUGCCUCUGAGGCUGCAGGUGCCCUACGUUGGCGCGAGUGUCCAGCAGGUUGAGCACGUGCUGUCGCUGUUGCGAGGCCGCCCUGGAAAAAUGGUGGAUCUAGGCUCUGGUGAUGGCAGGAUCGUGCUGGCGGCCCACCAGUGUGGUCUCCGUCCAGCUGUGGGUUAUGAGCUGAACCCGUGGCUUGUGGGACUUGCUCGGCUGCAUGCCUGGAGGGCCGGUUGUUCUGGGAGUGUCUGCUACCAUCGAAAAGAUCUUUGGAAGGUGAGCCUCAGGGACUGUCACAAUGUGUCUGUGUUCCUGGCCCCCAGUGUGCUCCCUCUGCUGGAGGACAAGCUGCAAGUAGAGCUACCCGAAGGGGCCCGUGUGGUAUCUGGACGAUUCCCCCUUCCCACCUGGCAACCUGUAGCUGUGGUGGGCGAGGGCAUGGACAGAGUCUGGGCCUAUGAUGUCCAUGGUACUAGGCCAGCUGUGUCUUCUUGCGGGGUGCCCGUCAAGGCCAUCCCAGAGUCUAGUUCUACCUCCAUCUCUAAGGCCCCUGUUUGACAGGCUGGCUGACUGGAUACAAUAAAGACUCCAUGGGUUCAAUCCUGA